UGGUGCAGUGUGAGCCAAUGAGGGGGCUGGGCGUGUAUGUAGCCAUGUCAGCAGAUGGUGAGGAGAGGGAAGUGGAGGCAGAAGCGGCUCAGAGGCGGUAACAAAAGGAGCCGGAGCUGUGGGACUGACAAACAGUCGGGACGAGCUGAGGCGGGUACUUGCUGGUACACAGCAGCCACAACAUGUCAGCCAAGGCCAUAUCUGAGCAGACGGGGAAGGAGUUCUUAUACAAGUUCAUUUGUACCAGUGCCGCUGUGCAGAACAGAUUUAAAUACGCCCAUGUGACUUAUGACACCGACUGGGACCGGCUCACCCAGGAACACCCCUGGCUUCUUACUGAGCCUCUGGUGGUGAAGCCUGACCAGCUUAUCAAGCGUCGUGGGAAACUGGGACUGGUCGGGGUUAACCUUAACUUGGAACAAGUGAAGAGCUGGUUAAAAGCACGUCUUGGACAUGAAACCACAAUUGCUAAAGCCAAGGGGAUACUGAAGAAUUUCCUGAUUGAACCAUUUGUCCCCCAUAAGCAGGAGGAGGAGUACUAUGUGUGUAUCUAUGCAGCCCGAGAAGGGGAUUAUGUGCUGUUCCAUCAUGAGGGGGGUGUAGAUGUGGGUGAUGUGGACUCUAAAGCCCAAAAGCUGCUGGUCGGUGUAGGAGAACGUCUGACAGAACAACAAGUCAAGUCCCAGCUGCUCAUUCAUGUGGCACAAGAUAAAAAAGAGGUCCUCUCCAGCUUCAUAACUGGUCUCUUUAACCUGUAUGAAGACCUGUACUUUACCUACCUAGAAAUAAAUCCACUAGUUGUGACACAGAAUGGAGUGUACGUGUUGGACAUGGCAGCCAAGAUCGACGCUACAGCUGACUACAUAUGCAAAGCCAAAUGGGGUGAUGUGGAAUUCCCUCCACCCUUUGGGAGAGAAGCUUAUCCUGAGGAGGCCUAUAUAGCUGAUCUGGAUGCCAAGAGCGGUGCCAGUCUGAAACUCACUAUCCUCAACCCACGUGGCCGGAUCUGGACCAUGGUGGCUGGUGGAGGAGCCUCUGUUGUGUACAGUGACACCAUCUGUGACCUGGGUGGGGUGGACGAACUUGCCAAUUACGGAGAGUAUUCUGGUGCCCCAAGUGAACAGCAGACGUACGAUUAUGCCAAGACCAUAUUGUCUCUUAUGACUAGAGAGAAGCAUUCAGAUGGUAAAAUCCUCAUCAUCGGGGGAAGUAUUGCCAAUUUCACCAACGUGGCAGCAACCUUCAAGGGCAUCGUGAGAGCCAUUAAAGAUUCCCAGGGCCCUCUGAAAGAACAUGAAGUGAUGAUCUUUGUGAGGAGAGGGGGACCGAAUUACCAGGAGGGGCUUCGUGUCAUGGGGGAAGUCGGUAAGACUACGGGGAUUCCCAUCCAUGUGUUUGGUACAGAGACGCACAUGACCGCUAUUGUAGGCAUGGCCCUUGGUCACAGACCCAUCCCAAACCAGCCUCCAACUGCCGCCCACACUGCCAACUUUCUACUCAAUGCCAGCGGCAGCUCUUCAACACCAGCUCCAAGCCGAACAGCAUCUUUCUCAGAAUCCAGAACAGAGGACAUUACUCCAGCCAAAAAAUCCAAGCCGGCUAUACCCAACGAUUCUACAGCCUUGCAUGGAGCAGCUACAGCAGCCAAGGCCACCACUCUGUUCACCCGUCACACCAAAUCAAUAGUUUGGGGCAUGCAGACGAGAGCUGUGCAAGGCAUGCUGGACUUCGACUAUAUCUGCUCACGCUCAGAACCCUCGGUAGCUGCCCUGGUUUACCCUUUCACAGGCGAUCACAAGCAGAAGUUUUACUGGGGCCACAAAGAGAUCCUCAUACCUGUCUUCAAAAAUAUGGCAGAUGCAAUGAAGAAGCACCCGGAAGUGGACGUUCUCAUUAACUUUGCCUCUCUGAGGUCUGCGUACGACAGCACCAUCGAGACUAUGAAUUUCCCACAGAUCCGUGCUAUUGCAAUUAUCGCGGAAGGAAUACCAGAAGCACUUACACGGAAGCUCAUCAAGAUGGCGGAUGAGAAGGGCGUCACUAUUAUAGGUCCUGCCACGGUUGGUGGUAUUAAACCAGGUUGCUUUAAGAUUGGUAACACCGGAGGAAUGCUGGAUAAUAUUCUGGCCUCUAAGCUGUACCGCCCCGGGAGUGUUGCUUAUGUCUCACGCUCAGGAGGAAUGUCCAACGAACUCAACAACAUCAUCUCCAGGACCACGGAUGGGGUGUUUGAGGGAGUGGCCAUUGGUGGGGACAGAUACCCUGCAUCAACGUUCAUGGACCAUGUUCUGCGUUACCAGGACACUCCAGGAGUUAAGAUGAUUGUUGUUCUUGGAGAGAUCGGCGGCACAGAGGAGUACAAGAUCUGUCGUGGUAUUAAGGAAGGCAGGCUGACUAAACCAAUUGUCUGUUGGUGUAUUGGGACCUGUGCCACUAUGUUUUCCUCAGAGGUGCAGUUUGGCCACGCAGGAGCUUGUGCCAACCAAGCAUCAGAGACGGCUGUUGCCAAAAAUCAGGCCAUGAAAGAAGCCGGAGUAUUUGUUCCACGGAGUUUUGAUGAACUGGGAGAUGUCAUUCAGUCUGUAUAUGAGGACCUUGUUGCUAAAGGAGAAAUAGUUCCAGCUGAGGAAGUGCCACCUCCCACUGUACCCAUGGACUAUUCCUGGGCAAGAGAGUUGGGUUUAAUCCGAAAGCCUGCAUCUUUUAUGACUAGUAUUUGUGAUGAGAGGGGCCAGGAGCUGAUCUAUGCCGGAAUGCCAAUCACUGAUGUCUUCAAGGAAGAUCUCGGCAUUGGAGGAGUAUUGGGCCUGCUGUGGUUCCAGCGCAGAAUGCCCAAGUAUGCCUCUCACUUCAUUGAGAUGUGCCUGAUGGUGACGGCAGACCACGGUCCGGCUGUUUCAGGGGCUCAUAAUUCCAUUGUGUGUGCCAGAGCCGGAAAAGACUUGAUCUCUAGUCUAACGUCUGGACUGCUUACAAUUGGGGAUCGCUUUGGAGGAGCUCUUGAUGCAGCUGCCAAGAUGUUCAGCAAAGCCUUUGACAGCGGCCUUAUCCCCAUGGAUUUUGUUAAUAAGAUGAAGAAGGAGGGCAAGCUGAUAAUGGGCAUCGGUCACAGAGUCAAAUCUAUCAAUAACCCAGACAUGAGAGUACAAAUCCUGAAAGACUAUGUCAAGCAGAACUUCCCAGCCACUCCUUUGCUGGACUAUGCCCUUGAGGUGGAGAAAAUUACAACUUCAAAGAAACCGAAUCUCAUUCUCAACGUUGAUGGCCUUAUCGGUGUUGCGUUCGUAGAUUUGCUCAGGACCUGUGGCACUUUCACACGGGAGGAAGCGGAUGAAUACGUUGAGAUUGGAGCUCUGAAUGGCAUCUUUGUUUUGGGAAGAAGCAUGGGCUUUAUUGGGCAUUAUUUGGACCAAAAAAGGCUGAAGCAAGGACUAUAUCGGCAUCCAUGGGAUGAUAUUUCCUACGUUCUGCCUGAGCAUAUGACUAUGUAAAGACUUGAAAGACACUCCAGAGAGAAGACACGUUUGUUUCGUUAUGUGACUGACUCGCUAUUGCUGCAGGCUUCCAUCACUAUAUCUCCUGCAUUCAAUCAAUGCAAACUAAGUACAGUCGUAGUUGCCGUUUUGUGUCUUAAUGUUACGCUUUUUUUUUUUUUGUUAUGUCUUUCUCCCUGUCCUGGUUCUGUGUUAAAUUUUAUUUUGAUAUGUGUAGAGAUAAAACUGUGCCAUUAACUUGUAUUGAGAGCUGUAUUUAUUAAAUAGGAACAGCAUCCAUG